AUGCAUGUUUUUCUUUUAGAAGAAAAAAAAAAGACAAUAGCUUCAUCUCGUUUAUUUAAUAAUAUUGGAAGAAUUGGUAUUGGUUUAGGUAUUGGUGGUGGUGUGAUUAAUUCUAUGCUUUAUAAUGUUGAUGGUGGUCAUCGAGAUGUUAUUUUUGAUCGUUUUCAAGGUGUUAAACGAGAUCUUCAUAGACCAAUUAUAUUUGAUAUUCGUACACGACCACGAUCUCUUCCAUCAAUAACAGAAAUAAAAGAUUAUGAAGAACGUGUUUUACCAUCGAUUAUUAAUGAAUCUCAAUUUGAUGCUAUUGAAUUGGUUACACAACGUACACUUAUUUCUCAAUGUGCUAGUAAAUUCUUAACAGAACGUGCUGCUCAAUUUGGUUUAUUACUUGAUGAUAUUUCAAUUACACAUUUAAGUUUUAAAUCUGAAUUUACAAGUGCUGUUGAAUUAAAACAAGUUGCACAACAAGAUGUUGAAAAACAACGAUUUUUAGUCGAAAAAAAUCAAGCUGAACAAAGUCAUCGACCAAAUGUUAUUGCAGCAGAAGGUGAUGCUCGUGCAGCUGAUUUGAUUGGCAAAGCUUUAGAUGAAGCUGGUGAUGGUUUGAUCGAACUUCGACGAAUUGAAGCCGCUGAAGGUAUUGCAAAUCAACUAUCAAAAUCAAGAAAUAUCGUCUAUUUACUACAUGGUCCUCAAAUGUUACUUAACAUUACUGGUGCUAUGCAAUAA